CACCUACCAGUGAAGAUAUAUAAAGUUCUCCUUCCUAUACCUUCGUGGCCACCACUGAGCAACAACUCAGGCUCCAUGUCUGUUCUGGGCUACUCUGGGGUCUGCCAUGCUACACCCUGCAGAACUCACUGUUACACCCCCCUGACUCCUUCUGUCACUCUUUGCUCCAAUGAUGUAAGUCCUACCUUUGGACUCUGCUUGCCCAGUAGCUACCAAGGAAAUAUCUGGCUUCUGGAUAACUGCCAGGAGUCCUACUGUGAAGUCCCCAGCUGCGAACCCCUGAGCUGUGAGCCCAAGACCUGCGCCGCAAGUUGCGAACCAUCAAAUGCCUCUGGGCCCUGCAACUCUCCCUCACUGGGCAAAGUACAAAGUGCCUCUGAAAUUACCAACUGUGGAUCCAGCCCCAGCUGCACCCCAUGCCCUCGGACGAAGGGGUAUGUAUCCACUUGCUACGCACCCACCCGACAUGCAUCUAAAGGUUGUCAGACCCUUUGCAAUGACUCCAACAACUUUGCGCAAUUUAACUGCUUAUCCAAGAGCCACCGACCCAUAAACUACUACAGCCUCGGUAGCUUGGGGGAUAGAAGCUUCCAAAAUCUUGGUUUCAUCCCCAAUGGCUUCUCACCAUCAUAUUAUAUUGCCAGCAGCUGCCAACCCCAAAGCUAUUUAACAAGAAAUUGCCAAUAUCUGAGUUCCAGGCCCGUGAGCUGCCCACCACUGAGCUUUUUACCUAGAAAUUAUAGGUCUCUGAGCUGUAUACCCAGUACUUUUCCACCUCUGAGGUAUUUGUGCAGUAGUAUCAGACCUUGGAGUUGCUAUUGAUCAUCUAAGCAUUUAUAGCAGUUGGAAAUUGCCCAAUGAAGGCAUAUUGUACUAAGUAGUUACCUUCUCUAAUUUUCUGCUGAAUCACUUUACAUGUCUUAAGAAUGCUGUUAGAUUAAUUUCAAAUACAACUUCCAGCUUAUUCACUACAACUUUUACCCCUGCUAAUUUUUUUGUUUGUUCAUUUUCUCUUUUUGUUGCUCUGUUGAUUUGUUUAUGUUGAAGGCCAAUUCUGAAGAUAGUAUGAUUAUUUCUGAGGCUGACUAAGAUGGAUUCCCUGAAGAGAUUCCAAACCAAAUACAACCAUCAUUAGCUUUCUUACCUAGCAGACACUGUCUUUUGCCUGCCAGCACGAUUAUAACCUAUCUUUCCUUGAUGAAGUGGUGUCUCCUUGGUUUGACUGUUGAUUCUAGCACAGUCUUUCAGAGAUGGUUUUGCUUUCCACAAUGCCUUUGUGGAUUGCCUAACUAGCACC